CCUAUGUCCGUCUGUUCUGCACUCCUCCUCCUCGCUCCGCACUCCCUACGCAUCAGAGAAAGCGUGGAGUCCAUCCAUCCGUUUCUUCUUCCGCUCUAGAGAAGAGUUUUUUUUUUUUUUAAAAGAAAAAGAAAAAGGAAAAUCUGCGACCAUCGGCGACAUGGUCGAGACGCGGCGGAGCUCCACCGCCUCCGCCGCCGCCGCCGCCGCCGCCGCCAAACGCCCGGCUCCUUCUUCCUCCUCCUCCCCCUCGUCCUCCUCGUCCCAAUCCUCCAAACGCCCCAAAAAGGAUGAAUCGAAGCAGCAGCAGGAGGAUGUUACGAAAACCUCGGCCGAUCCGAAGGAAAAAACCGACGUUGAUGAGCUGAGAACGGGUGAUGAAGCGGGAUCACCAAACCUAGAGCAAUCGGAAAAGAAGACGGAAGAGCAGAAAGAGCAGUUGCCGCCAUCUGAGCUCCCACAGAAGUGCAGUAAAAAAGAGAAGCCGCAGGCUUCGUGGGCAAAGCUUAUCUCACAGUGCUCGCAGAACCCUCAUAUUGUUAUCACUGGUUCUCCAUUCACUAUUGGUCAAAAUAAGGCCUGCGACUUGUGCUUGAACGAUCAGCCUGAUGGCAAAAUUCUUUGCAGGCUGAGGCGUAUUCAGUGUGAAGGCGCAUCAGUUGCCUUAGUUGAAAGAGUUGGUAAAAAAGCUUUCAUCCAAGUAAAUGGGAAGACUAUUAAUAGAAAUUCGAGCGUUAUUGUCACAGGAGGGGACGAAGUCAGUUUUGGUUCUUCUGGAAAGCAUGCUUAUAUUUUUCAGUUGCUUACAAAUGGCAAAGUAAAUAAACUAGCGUCACAAUCUUCUCUUGGCAAUUCAAAUUCACAGAGUGUCGCUAUUGAGAAGAUUGAUUCAGAGGAUGGAACAGGAGAGCCUACUGCUUUUCCUGGAGCAAAGCUUAUAGCAAGUCUGUUUGAUCAUCUGAAGGAUCCAACGGCUUCUUCUCCUGCAGUAAGUGGGGAGAAUUGUGACAAAUCUGAAGGCUACAUCUCGGACCAUGAUCAGAAUGCUGAGAAAGGGAAGGAUGAAACUGAAAAUAAUGGAAACACUGAAGUACCUCCCACUAAUAUUAGUCAGCCUAAUGUUACGGCGUCUGGUUCUUCUCGUGAUGGGAAAGUUAGGAAGGUUUCUGGUAGAGCUAAUAAGAGAAGUGCGCUUCUCAUGAAGAUUAGAGCAUCAGCUGCUACUGAGGUUGAUUCGUCAUUAGCUUUACCUACAAGUGCAUCCGAAGCUUAUAAGGAGGGAUUACGACGAGGCAUCAUUAGUGCAAAUGAUAUCGAAGUUUCUCUUGAAAAUUUUCCUUACUAUCUAAGUGAAAGCACGAAAGAUGCACUUCUAUCAUGUGCACAUAUUCACUUGGAGCGCAAGGACUUUGCAAAAUACACUACAAACAUUUCAUCCAUGAACAAGCGAAUUUUAUUAUCUGGCCCUUCAGGAUCGGAAACCUACCAGGAAACUUUGAUAAAGGCUCUUGCGAAGCAUUUUGGUGCUAGAUUCCUCAUAGUUGAUUCUCUUCCACUACCUAGUGUGUCUUCUUCAAAAGAUCCUGAAUCUCUAAAGGGAGGUGGAAAGGCCGAUAUAAACAGAAGCGUUACUAAGUAUCGAUGCAUAAUGGUUGAUGGUGUACGUGUAAACCGGCCGGUUUCAAAUAUGGAGGCUGAUAUACUAAGCCAAUCUACUUCAAAUUCUCAGUCUUUGCCAAAGGCACUGUCGACAAAGAAUCACACAUUCAAAGAAGGCGAUAGGGUGAAGUAUGUAGGUGCAAUUCCAGCAAGUCUUCCUUUUACUACGCAGCAGAGGGGUCCUGAUUAUGGUUAUCGAGGCAAAGUUCUUCUUGCCUUUGAAGGAAAUGGCUAUAAAGUUGGAGUGCGAUUUGAUAAGAAAAUCCCAGAGGGUAAUGACCUUGGCGGUUUAUGCGAGGGAGAUCACGGUUACUUCUGCUGUGCUGAUACACUUCGCCCUGACCUUUCUGGAGUUGGAAAUGAAGCCGAAAAGCUGGCCGUCAGCGAGUUGUUUGAGGUUGUCAUAGAAGAGAGUAAAACUGGUCCUUUGAUCAUUUUACUGAAGGACAUUGAGAGAUUUGGCACUGGAAAUACAGAAUCAUAUGUGACACUGAAGACUAAGCUUGAUAUGCUACCUCCGGGUGUUCUUGUCAUAGGUUCUUACACACAGGCUGACAACAGCAAAGAGAAGUCAAAUAAUGGAAGCCUUCUCUUCACAAAAUUUUCAAGCAGCCAGUCGUUGUUUGACUUCGCUUUCCCGGACAACCUGUAUGGUAGGAUACAUGAGAGGAGCAAAGAAUUGCCCAAGUCAAUGAAGCAGCUUACUAAACUUUUUCCUAACAAGAUUUCUAUAGACCUUCCGCAGGAUGAAGCCCAACUACAAAGUUGGAAACAGCUGUUGGAUCGUGAUGUCGAAACCCUUAAAGCCAAGGCCAAUGUUGGCGUUAUCCGCUCUUUUCUAAAUCGCAAUGGAAUGGACUGUGAUGAUCUUGAAGCAAUAUCCGUGAAGGACCAAGCUCUACCUAAUGAAAAUGUGGACAAAAUUGUUGGGUUCGCUCUUACUCAUCACCUUAAGCACAACAAUGUUGAAGCAUCCAGUGAGAAUGCUAAACUCAUGAUUUCCAGUGACAGCCUCAAGCAUGGGCUCAAUAUGUUCGAAAGCACGCAAAGUGAUACAAAGAAUUCGAAAAAGUCACUCAAGGACGUGAUCGCUGAGAAUGAAUUCGAGAAAAGACUUCUGGUUGAUGUUAUUUCACCUAAUGAUAUUGGGGUCAAUUUUGAUGAUAUUGGAGCCUUAGAGAAUGUAAAGGACACUUUGAAGGAAUUGGUGAUGCUUCCUCUACAAAGGCCAGAACUGUUCUGCAAAGGACAGUUGACAAAGCCGUGCAAGGGAAUAUUGCUAUUUGGUCCGCCGGGUACUGGAAAGACCAUGCUUGCUAAAGCUGUUGCAACAGAAGCAGGUGCGAACUUUAUCAACGUAUCAAUGGCGAGCAUUUCCUCAAAGUGGUUCGGAGAAGGAGAGAAAUUUGUAAAAGCUGUUUUCUCUUUGGCAAGUAAAAUUGCUCCUAGCGUCAUUUUCGUUGAUGAGGUUGACAGUAUGUUAGGAAGGAGGGAGAAUCCAGGGGAACAUGAAGCUAUGCGCAAGAUGAAGAAUGAAUUUAUGAUGAACUGGGACGGGCUGCGUACAAAAGAAAAAGAGCGAGUAUUGGUUCUUGCUGCCACAAACAGGCCUUUUGAUCUUGACGAGGCGGUCAUAAGGAGGCUUCCUCGAAGAUUAAUGGUAAACUUACCGGAUGCAUCAAAUAGAGCAAAAAUUCUUCGAGUAAUAUUGUCCAAGGAAGAAUUAGCUCCAGAUGUUAAUUUGGAAGCGGUCGCUAAUAUGACAGAUGGAUAUUCAGGAAGCGACUUGAAGAACCUGUGCGUUACUGCUGCUCAUUGCCCUAUCAGAGAAAUUCUGGAGAAGGAAAAGAAGGAGAAAAGCUUAGCAGAAGCAGAAGGUAGACCUCUACCUACGUUGCAUGGAAGCGAGGAUAUUCGUCCUUUAAACAUGGAAGACUUCAAAUAUGCACAUGAACAGGUGUGCGCGAGCGUAUCGUCUGAUUCUGCAAAUAUGAGUGAGCUUAUCCAGUGGAACGAGCUCUACGGCGAAGGCGGGUCGAGGAAGAAGAAAUCCCUCAGCUAUUUUAUGUAGGAUGCAUCUAUUUUUUACUUCUCUCUCUCCCUCUUUCCCUCUCUCUCUCUCUCUCUCUCUCUCUCUCCCCACCCCCCCAUCUCCCCCCCCAAAGAAUUGUUUCAUUUGUUUUGUUCUUCCAUCUAGUAGUUCUUUAGUCGAUAGUUUAUAUCGCCCUUCGGUUGUAUUUUGUCCAUCUUAUUUAGAGCUUCAACAAUUGCCUUUUUCUUUCGUAAAUCCGGCACUUUUAGCAUGGCUAGAGGCCUCUCUAUCUGUGUAUAUUGCAGCUUUUCAGAAAGAGCAAAAAAAAAAAAAAAAAAAAAAAA